AUGUUUCGUGUUAUCGAUAGGCGGCCAACCAGCACGUGCAUUUGUUGUCGUUUUGAAUUGUUUUGCAUUUUGACCCGACCUUUUUCCCAUAAAAUGAGUGAAGCCGUCGUCGAGACACAGCCCCCAAAGAUGACGAAAAAGGACAAGAAGCCGGCGAAGCCCGAGGCAGCUAUUCCACGUGGCCAACCCAAGUCCAACCGGCCCUGGAAGACGCCAAAACAGAAGUUUAGCAAGAUAAAGAAAACGGUCAACCGGCUGUCGUUCGAGAAAAAGACCGCUUUGCGCGAUGAGUUGCGCUACAUCAAGGAGAAGUCGAAGGAGAUCAAGGUGCAGCGCAAGGAGGCGGCCGUGCAGAAGCACCAGCGUCGCGUUGAAAAUGCCGAACGCCGUCUGGCGAACGAGCGACGUUCGGAGGUUGUCCAGGUAAUCAAGAAUCCCGCUAAGCUCAAGCGCAUGAAGAAGAAACAGAUGCGCAUGAUUGAAAAGCGCGACAUCAGUCAGGUGAAGGUGGUCUGAACCGAUCCCCUCUAUUUUUUUGACCUAAAUAAAUCUAGUUUUAACUCAAACA